UGACACACAGCACAGCAGGCCGCGAUCUUGGCAAGGGAGCUUCCGUGUUCAAGACAUAUAAAAUGAUCAGACCCUUGAUAACACAUCAUAGUUUGAUUUGUGAUCAUACAGUUGAGACCCUAACACCAGAAAUGUUUCUCAAAGUUUUUGUAUCCCUGGUGGUGGUGAGCACCGCAGUGGCUGUCAGCAAGCCUGACAAGCGGAGCGCUGGAUGGGAGCCGGCUGUGUGGCCGCCCGUGCCCGUCGCCUGGGCGCCGCUUGCUGCACCUGAUCCCAGUUCAGACGUGGCGGGCGCAGUAGCGGCAGCUAAAGCGGCAGCGGCUGCUGUGAUGGCCGCGCAGCACGAGGUGGCUGCAGCGAAGCACGCCGCCUUGGAGCAGCAAGGCAUCGCCAGCGCCAAGGAAGCCGCGGCCGCUCAUGCCGCUCAUAAGAGUGAGGAAGCAGCUCGUCACGCCCGCGCGCACGCUCUAGAAGCAGCGCAAGCGGCGGUACAGGCGCAGGCGCAGCUGGCGGCGGCAAAAGCGCGUGCGGCGGUCGCUCAGAAGAUUGCGGCUGCUAGGGAAGCUGCAGCAGCCAAAGCCAUACACCGCGCCGCACACAACCAGGCCGCCCGGCUGCAGAAUGCUGACAUUGAAUCCCUGAAGCUCUCGGUGAUCCAAAGUUCAGGCGCUGCUGGAGCCGCCGGCGCGGCCCAGCACACAGCCGCCGCCGCGGCCGCCGCGCUGCGCCCCGGCGGGCCCGGCUGGUCCCCGGAGCCCUGGCCCAAACCCUGGCCAGUCUGGUCCCCACCCGCCGCCUCCUGGGGGUGGCCCUGACUUAAUUGCUAUAGUGCCGUAACAGAAGUUAAUUGUUAGGAUCAAACAGCUGAGUAAUAAAAAUAACUAACUGUAUAAAUAGCCUGAUAUUUUUACAUAAAAAUAAAUUUCGCUUUGUUUUGUGUGCUAAGGUUUUUAUCAAUUUGUAUUGUUUUUAAAAUUGUUUUUACAUAAUUUGUAUUGUUUUUUAAUACGUUACAUAGUUCCUUUCUUUAGCGACUUAACUUACUACUUAAAAAAUAUACAAUUACUUAUACGA